AUGUAUCUAUUUGUGAUCAGGGCAGCAUGUAUUUUUAUUGUACUAUAUAUAUCUGUGCAAUAUAUUAAAUAAGAAAUAGACAUAUAUUAAAUGGACCUAUGUUUUCACCAAGCAAACUAUGAGAAAUAGAAGAAAGAAAUCACCUAAAAAAUGAGUGAAAAUUUAGAAUUAUUAUUACUUCUAUUCAAGUGAUGUUAAAGGUGUUUUUGUUUAAAGAACACAACAGAUCUAUAAAAAAAAAACAUGGAAUAUAAUGACAUAAAGGUGAGAGAUUGCAAUUUCUGGAAACCUUUAAGAAAAUACUGAAGCUCUGUGAAAACUAUGUACAUGGCUGCCUAAUGUCAACAUGGAAUCAAACACUACUGAUGUAUAUGUGCUUACAUCACAACAUGGGAUGUACGCCAAGAUGAGCAUGGCUGAUAAAGCUAUCGAAAUUUUCACAAAACCAAUCGAAGUUACUUCUCUAAUUAUCUGUAUACUUGGUCUCAUUGCGAACUGUCUGUCAAUAAUGGCAACAGCACACAUUCCACACGGACAGUCUACACACUCGAAACUCAUCAUCAGUCUCGGAAUUUCCGAUAGCCUAAUUCUAGUCGCCAUUCUUUCACAUAACUUAAUGUAUAUAUUUUCAUCAUGGGAUGAUUGUACAAAAAUGACAAAACGUCUGAUGCUUGACAUUGCUCUUCUGGCAACACUUAUCAAUUUGUUAGUGAUGGCAAUUGACCAUUAUUUAGCAAUCAUGAAGCCGCUUCAUUAUCGACGCUUUAUGUCAAACUUCCGUGGAAACUGUCUCAUUGUAUUCAUUUGGCUAUUCAGUGUGACUACAGGCCUGAUCGAACUGAUUGUCGGAUUUACAACAUCUCAUAAAGAUCAACCUCUCUGCAUGAUGGUUUCAGCAGACGAGUUUGACAUGGAGCUAAUCAUUAUAGGCCUGAUAUUUUUCGUGCUUCUUGCAAUUGUGGUAAUCUAUAUGAGAAUUUACAUUCUUGUUAAAACACUCAUGAAACGUGACAGAAUGAUGCACCAAGACGAAAUGCAUAGCUACAAAGCAAUUGUUACAACAAUGUUGAUUAUAGGGACGUUCACGUUAUUCUGGGCUCCCGCAGGAAUCUUUCAAAUCUACAUGUAUAUGAAAAUCAAAACGGAUAUGUUUUUUGUAAUGAUGCAUAUUGAUAAAUUCACACUUGCGAACGACGUACUGUUUCUGAUUCUACAAGUGAACUCCUUGGCAGACCCGUUAAUUUAUGCGAUUCGUCUCUGCGAAGUUCAACGUGGAUACAAAGUUGUUUUUUACAAGUUGUGUCCAAACUACCGAUCUUCCAGAAAUGAGGAAGAAUUCCGACACCAUCACUUGUCAUUUACAUCAUAUCGCAGAGAUACAGACCCCACAAUUAUGAAUGACACCGUUAGCAGUCCUGACAGCUUUCAUGACAAAGUGUUUGGAAAAGAAUUUGAAGGAAAAUCAGAUGAAGCUGCAUUCAUAUUAGAAAGACGUAAUGAUACAAACAAAAGCUGCGGAAACAGAAAUGGAAAUUAUAACAAUACUAAUACCGACAAUGUUAAAGCCAGUGAUAAAAAUACUAGUCAAGUAAACAACAUAAACAGUGAUGAUGUUCGAAAGAAUGAAAAAGAAACUGUAAACAAUAAUGUUGCUAAUACAGAGGAAACAGACACUGCUUUUGCUUACGUACACAACACAAUGGACAGUAUUAUUGAAGAUUUGCCGGAAAUGAAUGAAACGGAUCCUCUGAAUCCGAAGCAUGACAAAACUGGACAGAAUUUAUAGACUAUUUUUCAGAACACCAGGGUAUCAGUCCCUUGUAUUCUUGUUUCUUACCUACCUAGUGGGAAAAGACAACGUUAUUUGGGUAGGAGAUCAACUUAUUUUUUCUCUAUGGAAAAGAUGAGCUACACAUGGGCAUAGUGCUGUCAUAAUUUGAUGUCAUACACUUGAGCAAUUUUUAAUUUACAAUAUCUUUGAAAAUGUUGCAGUUAUAUUAAAAGUAGGCAAGAAAAAUUAUCUAACAUGUCUGCCUGAGUAAGGCAGGUGUUUCCCCUACCCUCAGGACAGCAUGCAUAAAUAAACUUGCCAGCCCUCGGUUUUCCAUCCCACACCGAUCCUCUGGUUUGGGAAACCCUGUCAUAGGCAGUCAUAUAAAAUCUUUAUAAUCUUUUUUUUAAACUUUUUUACUGCAAGAACAUAUUCCAAGAAUUUGGAAAUACUAUAAAAUUGUUUAAUUUCACAGGCAAAAAAUAUGUGGUUUUGAUUAAAACGACUAUUUUGCGGGGCUAUAUGAAUUCAUGAAUUUCAAACUUUGAAGAUAAACAUAAUGGCCAUUUUGCUUGUUCAUUAGGAUUAUAUUUUGUGGACUGAAUCAACCCAGAGAUCCAUAAAAAUUAGUCCACUGAGAAAAUUUAUUAUUUAAUAGUAACUGAUAUCACUUGAUCAUUUUGUAAAGUUCAUGGCUUUUUUCUAUGGAUAUUGAAAAUAACUUAAAUAAUAUUCUAAAAGACCGGUUUCUAAAACGCUAAUAUUGUUUUCUUGAAUAGUUUUGUUACUAUGGUACAAAGUACAAAGAGGGGCAAUUUGACUUUUUUUGUGGCCAUUGACACUGCGAAAAAAGAGUUAAUAUACGGGA